AUGGCGGAAGAAACACCCAGAAAAUCCAUUGUGGAAGAUGUCUUCAUCCCCAAAGAACUACUCACCACCGCCAAAUUCAACUCGCCAUGGGAAUUGGCUCGGUGGGAACAAUCUCUCCCCGACAACGAUCGUAUAUCACUUCCAGAACCUCGCACUUCGUCCACUCGUCCUCUGAGUCUUUCUGCCUUGCGAGCAGUGGCAAGACCAAAGUCAGCUAUUCGAUCUCGUGGACUCAGUGAUCCUCCGGCUUUUCAUGGUACAUUCGACUACUUUGCAAAGCCCGCGACAUUCGAGCCUGCCUCUCCAAUCCCCGAGAAAGAACCGAUAACCCCAGUUCAGAAUGCAUUUCUCAAUCCUCAACGACUCAGCAAAGUCGGCCCUCGGGCAAUCAGUAGCGAGCAGAGCAGUCUACAAGAAGUGUACGAAAAAGCGAAAUUGAGAGGUGUUGCCAUUCAACGGAAGCAUUGGGUGCGAUUAUUGUUUGAAUACAGCAUCUAUGCAUUCCUCGUUCUGUUCGUCUACUUCGUCCUCGUUGGUAUGCCCCUCUGGAAAGGCGCUGUCUGGUGGUUGUAUUAUUUUGUCCGAACCAAAUUCGUUAUCCAAGGAGGAUACGCGAUUAUUAUUGGUAUGGCUGCAUUAUACGCAUUCUGUCCUCUGAUGAUUCUGUUUGAAAAGGAUUCUCCAGUCCUGGGCUCUGAAUCAGACACUAGAUCUCCAGACCUGGAAAGCAACACCUCCAAGGUACAAUCAACCGCUCUCCUCAUUCCCUGUUACAAAUCAGCAGCGAUCAUCAGCGCAACCCUCGAAGCCGCCUUGAAGAUCUUCCCCAAAGAAAACAUCUUCGUUAUAGCAAAUGGCAACUCCAAAACCCCCCUCGACAACACAGAGGAAGUCUGCAAGCCCUACGGUAUUAACCACCUUUGGGUACCCAUCGGCUCAAAGAUCGUGGCGCAGUUCGUCGGCAGCCAUGCGGCCAGAGACUUUGAGAACGCCCUCCUCAUCGACGACGACUGUCUUCUCCCUCCAAAUUUCCCAAUCGUCAGUGACAGACUCAAAAACACAGUCAAAUGCCUCGGAUACACAAUCAAAAGCGUCGGCCCCAAUUCCUCCAAGGGGACCUUUUGCCAACAAGCCCAGGACCUCGAGUACAAAAUGUCCGGUCUCCAGCGGGCUUUCUUCGGGAAAUUUGGAAGUGCUACAUUCCCACACGGAGCUAUCUCGCUCUGGAAUAUCGAGUUCUUAAAACAGACGUUCCAUGAACAUCCUGGCUUCUCCGUGUCAGAGGAUUGGUUUUUCGGCGAUGCGUGUCGGCGUCUGGGUGGACGCAUCACUAUGUGCUCUCAGGUUUUUGUUGAAACAGAGACGCCGGCGUCGGUGUUCUACAGUGGUUCCGGGGGUAGUCGUGGCGGGUUUGGCGAGAUGACUGUCCUCCAACAGCGAUUCAAGCGGUGGAACUUCUUCUUUGUGGUUGGUGUAUACUACGAUCUGAAGUACAUCUUGACCAGUUGGAAAUUGGGUUGGUGGGAGUUUGGUGCAAAGUUGUGCGUAUUUCAAGAGGUCUACGAAACUCUCAUCUAUCUCUUCGCUCCAUUCAUCCUCCCAAUCUCAUUCGUAGUCCGUCCCUCAUUCUGCGGCAUGUUACUCGGCGUCACGGUCGGGAUGUACAUCCUCAACGUGAUAAUCUUCAACGAGGUUCACCUCCGAUUAAAGAAAGAACGUAUCGACUGGAAAGUCUUAGUGUUUUACUACACCUUCUACAAGAUCGCCCUGACGUUCAUCAAUGUGGUCAGUUGCUACUGGUCGCUCUACAAGUAUGCACGGUAUUUUGCGCAGCGGCAUCCGAAAGUCAUUGAGGACCGAGAUGCGGUUGAGGUGUUACUGAGUCUUGAGAAGGAUUCCAAUUCGAGACGAACAUCCGUGGAAGAUGAUAUCAUUCCGGUUGAUGGGGUGCUCGGACGGGGCGUGGGAAGAAAGUUGACAUUGACCAAAGUCAAGGCUGGAAAGAGAAGUGACGGGGAAAAGGAUGCUGGGUGGAUUUGA